AUGGACGGACAACCCAAAGCCGCACCCCGCCUGAGUGGUAUCCCACGACCUGCAAGUGGCAUUCCACGGCCGACGUCGAGGUUGCCUCUACCAACGAGCACGGCCCCGAAAUCGAUCAAGCCGUCACCUUCCCGAGAUAGACUGCGGGCCGACCCUGGAUUAGACGAACGGAGAUUGCGACGACCCUCAUAUGACACCCUCGUGAAAAAGCCGUCCUCGCGCUUUUUAGCACCGCCCAAGCCCGAAGAUGACCCUGUUUCAGCGGCCAAGCAGGAUGAGAUCCAAGGCGAAGAGGGCGAUACCCAGAUUUCGGAGGAAAUGAGCUCGGUUGCCGGUGAUGAUGAUACUGCCUCGGUCGCAUCAGCACAAGAAGUUAGAGGCCGCCGCGGGGUGCGCCCCUCGCUGUCCGAACGAACGCUUGAGACCCUGGCACAAAUUCCACCAUCACCUGCCUCGGCGAGAAGACAAUCCAGCUUCUUUAACGGCGCCAGCCCAAUGCGAUCACCAUCUCGUGCUCCGUCCAAUGUAUCGAGUGUCUCGAGAUCCCCAUCAAGGGCAUCUUCUACCGCGACAAAUAACAACGAGCUAUAUACACAGCCUGUGUCCAAGUUACGUUUGCCCUCUGCGACGUCUCGCAUUCCUGCGACGUCGUCUCUUUCCCCAGUCCGUACUUCCGAGGAAAGCGUGAGUCCGUCACGAUUGAAGCAACCAAAGUCCCGGCAAAGUAUCGCGACGUCGGACACUCUUACCUCAGAUGCCAGCUCCCCGCCCAAAAAGACGCUACCCGAGAGACCUUUUGGAGGCAAGGAUGCGGGAAGGCUCUCACUCGCCCGUCCAUCACCCAGUAAACCCGCCGCGAAGCCCUUGACAAAGUCUACAAAGUCAAACAUGGGCCCACCGGAGAGACCGCUCCAGGUGAAGAAAACACGCAAACCUGGAACAGAGCAGGGCACCAAUGCACGAUCUCCUUCAGCGCCGAGAUAUGUCUCUGCUACUUCCAACAUGCAAGACGAACUGUCUCCAGAGCAACAGGCAGAAAGUGAUGCCAGAAAAGCAUCGAAAUCGUCGAGCACCUUACGCGAAACCAUAGCCAAGGCGAAAGCUGCUCGCAAGGCAGUAGCGGCAACAGAGAAGAACGAACCACCACAGAAGUCAGUCUCACAGGCACCGAUCCCUGAAUCUUGGGGAACUGCCGACGACGAGGAUCCAUUUAACCAACUCCCUAAGGAACCUGACUCCUUGGUGAUGCGCAAACGUGUACAGACAGCUCGCGCCACUGGACAGUUGAACAUUGCUGCGUUUUCCUUGACAGAAAUACCAAAGGAAGUACUGACCAUGUACGACUAUGAUGCGGACAACGCGAAUUGGUUUGAAAAUGUUGAUCUUACCAAGUUCAUCGCCGCAGACAACGAGCUAGAGCAGAUCUCAGAUGAAGUCUUCCCAGAUAUUAAUCCCGAGGAAUUUGAUCCUGAUAGUGAUGACCGAGGCUUGCAAUUUGGAGGCAUUGAGACAUUGGACCUUCAUGGAAACAUCUUGAAGUCUCUGCCAAUGGGACUUCGGCGAAUGCAAAAUUUGCGUUUCCUUAAUCUAUCGAAUAAUUCGUUGGACAUGGAGCAUAUUGAGAUUAUCACGGAGAUCAGAUCAUUGAUUGAUUUGAAACUUGCAAACAACCAGCUUUCAGGGGAAUUGGCUCCCUUCUUUGGUCAAUUUGACAAGUUGGAAUCCUUGGACCUGCGCGGUAACAAGCUCACCACACUUCCCGAGGAGCUUGCUGGAAUGAGCUCUCUCAGAACUCUGGACGUCAGUGAAAACAAAUUGACGUCUCUGCCAUUUGAAGCGCUCAGCAAACUACCGCUGAAAACGCUGAACGCAAAUAAGAACAAGCUGGAGGGAACCCUGAUCUCUGCCUCUGUGGAUCGAUGGGAAACAUUACAGUCCUUGAACAUCGCAAACAAUGCUGUAGCCGUGUUCGCCGCAAAUGAUACUCUCGAUCUUCCAAACUUGCAUAUCCUGUUGAUUGGAGUCAACCGUAUCACCCACCUUCCGAAUGUGUCUUCAUGGCAGUCACUGUUGACACUAUCAGCGGAAGAAAACAAAAUCGCCGAGCUGCCAACCGGAUUUGUCGAGCUCAAAAGCAUCAAAAAGGCCGAUUUCACAGCAAAUGAUCUUACCCGCUUGGAUGACAAGAUUGGACUCAUGGAAUCCCUCACAUCUUUGCGUGUUGCCAACAAUCCACUUCGUGAACGACGACUACUGAACAUGGACACCGACGACAUCAAACGCGAUCUGCGCAGCCGAUGUGAGCCUGAUCCCCAGGACACAGAUGACGAAGGAUCAGUAGCCACUCAAUUCACUCUGGCACCCGAAAAUCCUGCGCUUGAGGGAAAUUGGCAAAUCAAAUCUGGCGGUACUCUUGACAAAUCAUUCGCCGAUAUGACCGAUCUCACCGUCGAACAAUUGGAGUCAGUUGCCUCGCAAGAUAUCAGGUGUCUGUAUCUGCAGCAGAAUCAAUUGAACCACUUCCCAGUCCCAGCACUUGCAAUGCUUGCGCCAGGUUUAGUUGAGCUUGAUCUCUCACACAACCCUCUGAAAGGAGAUGAGUUCCUGUCCACCCCGCUCGAGCUUCCAAAGCUUCAGUCGCUCACUCUCAAUGCGACUUCCCUAACAUCCUGGGAGCCUCUAUUGAAUAACCUGGUCGCCCCAUCUUUGACCUUAUUGGAUGUAUCCCACAAUCGUUUGAAGGGACCUCUUCCCAACUUGCGGUCUAUCUACCCAGAGCUGAAGACGGUUGUUGCAUCCGACAACCAAAUUGCCAGCCUAGAUUUCGAAUCCGUGCAAGGGUUGCAGGUUGUGGAACUUAGCAACAACGACAUCGAUUCCCUUCCCCCAAAGAUUGGUUUACUAGCCGCUGAACGUUCCCCGCAGAACUGGGGUACUGGAUCGGCUUUGCGGCGCUUCGAGGUAGCCGGCAACCGCUUUAGAGUUCCCCGGUGGCAGGUAGUCGCCAAAGGGACGGAUGCUAUUCUGGAGUUCUUGCGCGGCCGAAUUCCGACCCAGGAUCUUCCGGAAUGGGAAAGGGAAGACGAAGUCAGUGAGGGAGAGCUCUAA